CGAUGAGCUUCGCCAUCUCGCUGUAAAAAGAAGCUAACUGCGAUACUAUGAUUGCAUAUUCCGAGCAAAUUAGAAUUGACGAUUUCUUUAAAGCUGUCAGAGAACGGUUUGAAGAUAAAAAUCUAGCUCGCAGAAUAGAAAUGUUAAUUCUAAACAUCGCAAACCGAAAAUGGAAGAGUGCGUCUGCACUCAAGGCAACAAUGAAUGAACUCUUACAAUGCGCAAAACAUGGAUUAACUCGUACCCAAAUACUCAACAACUUCGCAAGAGCACUUCUUGAUCCUCUCCGUACUCAACUUUAUCCCCGCACAAAAGAAGAAGGGAUGACAUACGAGAAGUUCAACAAGAUCGCUAUAGAUCAUGCUGGCUUCUUAGCCGAAGCUAAUUACUGCCACUAUUGGAAAGAUCUGCAAGCGGGAAAGAAGUGGCAGAACCGCACAAUCUCAGGGAACAUACCUGGGAAAGACAACCUCCUUCCGACCUUUGAAGAAGGAGGUGUCGAAACUCUUUCCUAUGACCAAAUAGACUAUGGUCUUGAGGAAGGACCCAACGGUCCGGUAGCUCAGGAGGGGAGCUACGAGGCCGUUGCAGCCCGCAGGGGAGGGCGACAAGGAAGAGGGCGCGAUCGAGGAAGAGGAGGCCAUGGACGCGGUGGAAGAGGACCCGGUACCCAGAGCGGUGGUGGCGAAGGAAGCUACUACGUGGGUGGAAGGGGCAAUGGUCCCUCGCAAGGUGGCCGAGGUUCAUAUUCUACCUGGGGAAGAGGAAGAGGCGCGUGGUAUGGUACAUGGGACAAACCAUAUCCACCCCAUCCAGAAGGAAGUGUUCGAAAGUACAAGCCGGUAGGAAAGAAAGCAAAACCGGUCUCGAUCCUGCUAGAGACAUCAAAGGAAGAGACUAUGGAGAAGGAAGAGGAAGUCCUUCAAGUGAUCCAAGAGAGAAGAGCGACGGAAGGGCAUCGAAUACCAGAUGAGGUAGCGGAUACGAUGAAGAUAGGGGUAGAUGGAUUCCUAACGGAAAAGGAAAACCGCCUGAUCAAAAGGACCUCCCUAGAGUUUCACCUGGCAUUUGCCUUUAGUGAUCUCCAACAUGGGCGACUGGACGCGAAGCUGAUUCCUCCGGUCAGAAUCCACACGGUAGAACAUGAGUGUUGGAAUGACAAGGGUCCGUCCUAUGAAUUUGGGAUAGCAGGGGAAGUGACAGACCUUCUUCGAGCAAAGAUGGACUCCUUCGUCGCGGAACCUAAGGUGUCGCCAUACGCAAACCGAUGGUUCGUCUUUCGGAAGCCCAACAAAACACUAAGAUGGAUUCAGGAUCUACAGAAGUUGAAUGCGGUAACCAUCCGGGAUGCUGGCUCGCUGCCUCAGGCUGAUUUAUUAGUAGAGUCGCACGCCGCCCGGAGCAUUUACUCCCUGAUCGAUCUGUACUCAGGGUACAACCAGCUUCCAUUGGAUGUCAGGGAUAGGCCGUACACCGCAAUGCAUACCCCCGUAGGCCAGUUGCAAAUGCAGGUGACCCCUAUGGGCUUUACGAACGCGGUAGCCGAGGCGCCAAGGAGGAUGCUCGCCGUAGCCGGAGAUAUGUUUCCAGAGAAGUGCGAACCCUACAUCAACGAUAAUCCGAUCAAAGGCGCGCAGGGAAAGGACGAGACGGAAGUCCAGCCGGGAAUUCGAAGGUUUGUGUGGGACCAUCUACAAGACAUCAAGGACUUACUCCGUCGAUUCCUAGUAUACAAUAUCACGGCUAGUGGACCAAAGAGUAUUCUAGCAGUACCGGAAGUAACCAUAUUGGGAUUUCGCUGUGGCGCGUACGGUAGGAAGCCGGAUCCGGCGAAGACAGACAAGAUAUCGCAAUGGUCAACACCCCUGCGCACGACAACGGAGUGUGAUGCUGAAGGCGUUGAAGCAGUAGCUGUUUGCACAGAAGCCAAGUAUGGACUUAGUGAAGGCUUGAGCAGGAGUGAAGUCCAUGAUGUUGCAUCGUCGUCUGCGGCAGCGUUAUGGGAGGCCUCUCUUGGGCUUACGUGGCAGCCACGCGUUGUGGUAGAAUGGGCAUUAUGCCCCUUCAGAGUAGAUCCUAUUCGCUUGCAGGAGCUCCAACCUGAUGUGGUUCUCACUGAGGUGCAGACAGGCGGUGGUGCGUUGACUGUGGAAGAUGUUGAGAGGUGCCUGGCAGAGUGGAUGGGCAGACAUGUGAGGAUCAUCCAUGCCGAACCACAGACUCUGGAAGAGGUCUGGCAAGCUGUUGGCUCUGUGGCCGAUGCCAUCGGAUACACAGAGGAGGGGAAGGCAGUUCUCGACCGGUUGAGGAAUAGAAUAAUGACAGUGCAAAGGGCGACGAUGGGAAGACAAAAGAAGAGGGCGUUGUGUAUACAGUGGCUGUACCCGCUGUUUGCUACUGGUGCUUGGAUCCCUGAACUCAUCGGAUUGGCUGGUGGGGUGGACGUGGCAUCCAAAGCUGGGGGGAAGGCUCAGCAGCUCUCUCCAGAGCGAUUGGCAAAAGUGGAGACAGAUGUCAUCCUGGUUGCCAUCUGCAGUCUCAACAUCCAGCAGGCAGAAAGGGAAGCUGCUGAAGCAUUUGAAAACGGUGUACUUGCAUCGUUGCAGAAAGCCAAGACGAAAGUUGUUGCAGUCGUGGAUGCAGUCAAACUCUUCUCGAGGGCAGGACCGAGUUUGGUAGAGUCGUUGGAGGUGCUAGCAGAAAUAUUCCACCCGGAGAGCCAACCCUUUGGCCAUGAGGGCAGGCCUUGGCAAGGCUGGGGAGUGGCAGAAAGCUAGACGCGUACCCAAUAUUUUUUCCAAAAGAGGAACGUAGGGCCCGGACUUCUCUCUGAAAGUUCUGGUUAACCGAGGGUUGGUGAAACCCUGCACCAAGCCCAUGGUUUGGUGGGGUCAACAGAAGCGCUUGCCCUUGUGGGAAGAUUCCUCCCGGAGAACCAACCUUUGGUUAUGUGGGCAGGCUUUGAUAAGGUUGGGGGGAGUCGCAAAGCUGGAUGAUGCAUGCCCAAGCGAUCUUUUCAGAAGAUGAAGUAGGGGGCAGGGUGUUCUCUAAAAUCACCAGUACAUCAGCGCCUCUCGU